UCUACAUCCGGUACAGGAACACCCGGUUUUGUUUAGAAUUUUUUUUUCCUUAAACGUGUUCCUCUAAUUCAUACUUUUCACAUAUUCCGAUUUACACAUUGAAUAAUUAUGGAUUUGCAACACCGACCUGGUGGUAAGACCGGUUCGGGGGGGUUGGCAUCUGCUUCAGAAACCAACCUCGACCGGCGAGAGCGAAUGCGACAGUUGGCCUUGGAGACCAUUAAUUUAAAUAAGGACCCUUAUUUUAUGAAAAAUCAUUUGGGAUCUUAUGAAUGUAAAUUAUGUUUGACAUUACACAACAAUGAGGGUAGCUACUUAGCCCAUACCCAAGGGAAAAAGCACCAGGCCAAUUUAGCUCGGCGUGCAGCAAAGGAGGCCAAAGACGCUCCAGCACAACCAGCACCGGAGAAAGCCAAAGUAGAAAUUAAAAAAUUUGUCAAGAUUGGUCGACCGGGUUACAAAGUCACAAAACAGAGAGACCCAGAGACAAUGCAGCAAAGUUUAUUGUUUCAGAUUGAUUAUCCAGAGAUAGCAGACAUAAUCAUUCCACGUCACAGAUUUAUGGCUGCCUAUGAACAGAAAGUUGAACCCCCUGACAGGAAAUGGCAGUAUUUACUGUUUGCAGCUGAACCUUAUGAAACUAUUGCCUUUAAGGUGCCUAGUCGGGAAGUUGAUAAAGAUCCUAAAAAGCUGUGGACCUACUGGAACAAAGAGACCAAACAGGUUGGUAUCUGGUUUACUGAUGUAGUUUUGAGCCAAAAGUUACUUUGUGAAUCAGUUUGGUCCUGGACUCAACUCUAUUAGAACCUUACAAGUUGA